CAAAUCUCAAUCCCCAUUCAAUGUCUCUUUCCAAGAUGCUGAUUUAUCAGCCCUUCUCUCUCUCUUUCCCUCUCUGAGUGAGAAAGAAAAUGAGAACACUUCUAUAAAUCUAGGAGCAGCAAAGGCACUUGUCAGGCUAUCAUUUCUUCUUGUUGUUCUCUCUCCUUCUCACCUAGAGGAGGCUGGAACAGCAAAGAAGGAGAAGAGCAGCCCUUUUUCUCUAUCCCAACUCAAAAAGCCCUUUCCACGUUUUCUUUUUUACUUUUCUGCCUUUACAUUCUAUUCAACAGCCAAACACUCCACAAAAUCCUUUCUUUCUUUCUCUCCUUUUUUUUUUUUUUUCACUACCAUUUUCUUUUUAUUUAUCUCUAUAAACCAAAUACAACUCAUCUCAACCAACCUUUAAAAGCCCUUCACUGUAUUGACUUGAGAGAGAGAGAGAGAGAGAGAGAGAGAGACAGACCCGUCUCUCCACAACUGCGAAAAUCUUCAGUUUUUUCAGAAACAAAGAGUAACCGAUUCCAUCAAAGCUCCAGAAUCCUCUCAUUUCUUCACUUCUACGAAACAGAAGAAGAAAACCCAUCUUCCCAAACACCCAAAAAGCUUCAAUCUUUCCACAAACCAGCCCCAACCCAUCUCCUCAAACACCCCAAAAACUCCAAUCUGAACAACCCAAUCCCAACCCAUCUCCGCAAACACCCCCAAAACUCCAAUCUUUCAACAAUCCAACCACAACCCAUCUCCCCAAACACCCCAAAAACUCCAAUCUUUCAACAAUCCAACAACAACCCAUCUCCACAAACACCCGCAAAACCUCCAAAUUCCUACCAAAGACCCCAUAUUUCCAUAAUCCAAACCAACCCCAUUUCCCAAAAUGAAGGAAUUCUGGACCUCUCUAGCCUCUCUCAUGGGCGUCUUUGCCUUCAGCCAGACCCUCCUCGCCGCCGUCUUUCCCCCCGAGAUCCGUUUCGCCUCCGUCAAGCUCUUCAACCGCAUCUUCCACUGGUGCUCUUCCUACUGCUACUUCGACAUCACCGAGAUCGACGGCGUCAACACCAACGAGCUCUACAACGCUGUCCAGCUCUACCUUAGCAAUUCAGCAUCAAUCACCACCGGAUCCCGCGUCAAUCUCACCCGAGCCCUCAAUUCAUCAGCAUUCACCUUCGGCCUCUCCAACAACGACCGCCUCGUCGACACCUUCAAUGGCGCCACCGCCUGGUGGGAGCACGUCGUCACGCAGCGCCAGUCGCAGACCUUCUCGUGGCGACCACUCCCAGAAGAGAAGCGCGGCUUCACGCUCAAAAUCAGGAAGAAAGACAAGGCAUUGAUCCUCGAUUCCUACCUUGAAUUCAUCAUGCAGAAAGCCGAAGACAUCCGUCGGAGAAAUCAGGACCGUCUGCUGUAUACCAAUUCCCGCGGCGGGGGGAUGGAUUCCCGCGGCCAGCCGUGGGAAUCCGUCCCGUUCAAGCACCCAAGCACAUUCGACACGCUUGCAAUGGAUCCCGAUAGGAAGUCAGAGAUCAUGGCUGAUUUGAGAGGGUUUGCCGACGGUCAGUCGUUCUAUCAGAAAACAGGCCGGGCAUGGAAGAGAGGCUACCUUCUCUACGGCCCGCCAGGCACUGGAAAAUCGAGCAUGAUCGCUGCAAUGGCGAAUUAUCUCGGAUACGACAUUUACGAUCUCGAGCUCACCGAAGUCCAUACGAAUUCCGAGCUCCGCAAGCUUCUGAUGAAGACGACAUCUAAAUCUAUCAUCGUCAUUGAAGACAUCGAUUGCUCGAUCAAUCUAGCCAAUCGAUCCGGCAUGAAGAAAUCGCCCCCUUCAGGAAGGAACGAAGCUGCCAUGGAUGGAAUGCGAGGUAGCAGUGGAACGGAAGAUGGGGGGAAUACAAUCACUCUCUCCGGAUUGCUGAAUUUCACUGAUGGGUUGUGGUCGUGUUGUGGCAGUGAGCGGAUCUUCGUUUUCACCACGAAUCACAUCGAGAAGCUCGACCCAGCGCUGCUGCGCUGCGGCCGGAUGGAUAUGCAUAUAUUCAUGAGCUACUGCUCGUUUCCAGCUUUGAAAAUCUUGCUGAAGAAUUACUUGGGUUUGGAUGGCAUUGCAGAUUGCGAUGAUGGGUUGAUGGUGGAAUUGGAAUCUGUGAUUGAUAAGGCGGAGAUGACUCCGGCCGAUAUCAGUGAAAUCUUGAUCAAGAACAGGAUAGACAGGGAGAAGGCAAUGGCGGAAUUGCUCCAGGCAUUGAAGAGCCGUGCUGAGAGGCCACGGAGAAGGCGAGCGGCGAUUGUGGGAGACAAUGGCAAUGAUCUGGAAGAAGAAGAAGAGCAGGAGAAGCGGGCGUUAGAGACACCAAAGGACGGUGGAGAUUUGCUGGGGGAUUGCCAGGAAGGAGGAGAAGAUGGGGAGGAGAAGAGCUGAAAUUUUUUGGGUUUGUAGUGUUUGUUGUUCCUGCUUUGAAGAGGAGAAAAGAUAGAGAGGGAUGGAGAGUUUUUGUUUUUUGAAUUUUUGAAAUUUGGGUGGUGGGGCUUUUUUGCUAGACUGUAAGGAACCUUCUCUCUGCUUUUUUUUUUUUUUUUUAAUAGUUUAUAUUUUGUCUUUUGUUUGUUUGAUCUAUGAAUUUAAUAAAAAAUUAUAUAAUAUAAUAUCUGAUAUUAUCUA